AGCAAAGUUGUGCCUCCUUCGCAGGUUCCGUAGUCAGGAAGUAACGCUUUGUUUACAUCGUGAGCAAUUUAGCGGAAAGUAACUCAAACCAGAGCUAUAAAAUAGACAUGGCCGACGACGUACUCUUUGAGUUCCUCCACAUGGAGAUGGUGUCCCAUAUUUACAAAGACCAAGCCUCGAGAGGGGAGAUGGACAAGGAUAGGGCAACUUGUGUGUCCACUCUGGAAGGCAUGGGCUUCAGAGUAGGACAGGGGCUUAUAGAAAGGUUCACAAAAGAUUCGCCCAGCUUCAAAGAUGACUUGGAUGUCAUGAAAUUCAUCUGUAAAGACUUCUGGAUAAAUGUCUUCAGAAAGCAAAUUGACAACCUUAGGACAAACCACCAGGGUACUUAUGUUUUGCAAGACAACAAGUUUGCGCUCUUGACACAGUUUUCUAACGGGAAGCAGUACCUCGAGGAAGCUCCAAAAUAUCUGGCAUACUCCUGUGGAUUGGUGAGAGGAGCUUUGUCUAACUUGGGGAUGGAUUGCGUGGUGACAGCUGAGGUCUCCCUAAUGCCCUCAUGUAAAUUCCAGGUCGUGAUUCAGAAGAUUUGAAUAGGACCCACCUCUUUAAAAUGUUAUGUUCAUCUGUGACAAUAAAAUAAUGUGAAUGUCAACCCUAAGGUCCUUAAAUGUCAUUACAUUGAAGGUGGUUUACUACAUAUUAUUUUUGUAUUACAUUAUUUUUUUCUUUAGAAAGCAAUAAUAAAUUGUAAAGAAUUACA